GAAACGCACAGGCCCGAGAUCGCCAGAAAGAAAAAAAAUAAGGAAAACGAAAAACAAAGGAAUUCUCACAAGACGACCACGAACAGGCGUUGCAAAAACGCGAACAGGUGAACAACCAUUGCACAAUCGUGCAAAGAUUGGAGGUAGAUCGUGAACUUCAUACACAUGGCUUCUGGGUUUUCUUCGUGGUUGCAGGUUGUCCCGCCUGUUGCUGGUUAGCUGCGUUUCAUUUCACCAUGUCUUCAGCUUCAACUGUCUCCCAAUCUGUGUCACUACCUGCUCCUCCUACUUCAAAUUCGGUUGCUAAUGGUUCUUCAAUUCCUAAUUUGAUCCCUUCCACUUCACCGGUUCCUCCUGCCCCAUCUUUCCAUAUUCACCAACUACCGCCUGUAGCUCCGAUGGUUCCUGGUCCACCGGGAAUGUCACCGUCGACGCCACUUGUGUCCACAGGUCCGGCAGUUUUGUUUCCGCCAACCGAUUCUGCUUCUACUAUUCCGGGACCCAAUAUGCAUGCAAUUCAUAACCCAAUUCAUCCUUCUGCUCGUCCACAAAUUUGUGGCUCCUAUCCUUCUCUAACACCUGUUGUUUCUCCACCUCAUGCGAUGUGGUUUCAGCCUCCUCAGUUGGGAGCCAUGCCCAGGCCUCCCUUUAUACCGUACUCUGCUUCUUAUCAUGGCCCUCUUCCUUUUCCUGCUCGUGGAAUGCCCCUUCCUUCUGUUCCAUUGCCGGAUCCUCAACCUCCCGGUGUUACCCCUGUUCAAGUUGCAUCUGCCAUUCCUGUGCCAUCUGGUCAUGGAAAUCAGCUUAUUGGCAAUUCAUUGAUUCAGACAGACUCAAAUCAUCCCGAACUUGAUAGCCAGAAGCACACUCAAGUUGUAGGGCAUUCUGAGAACAUCUCUUUAAACAAGCACUCGGAGGAUUGGACUGCCCACAAGACUGAGGCGGGAAUAAUUUAUUACUACAAUGCAUUGACCGGAGAAUCUACCUAUGAAAAACCUCCAGGUUUCAGAGGGGAGGCUGAAAAUCUCGUGGCGCAGGCAACAUCAGUUUCAAUGUCAAACUUGUCUGGUACAGAUUGGGUUUUGGUUACUAUGGGUGAUGGUAAAAAGUACUACUACAACAACAAAACGAAGAUUAGCAGUUGGCAAAUCCCAAAUGAAGUGUCUGAAUUGAGGCAACAAAAUGAUGAAAAAACAAAAGAACUUUCAGCUCCUUUGCCAAAUAACAAUGCAUUGACUGAUCUAGGAACUUCCUCUAGCAGUAUCAAUACUCCUGCCAUUAAUACCGGUGGUCGUGAAGCCACACCUCUUAGAACAGUAGGAAUACCAGGGUCAUCUUCUGCUUUGGAUUUGAUCAAGAAAAAAUUGCAAGACUCUGGAACUCCGGUGGCUUCCUCACCUAUUUCUGCGACAACAGUAGCUCAAUCAGAUGUAAAUCUGCCUAGAGAUGCUGAUGCUACAGUCAAGGCACUGCAGACUGAGAACAACAAAGAUAAGCCAAAAGAUGCCAAUGCUGAUGGAAAUGUAUCCGACUCUUCCUCGGACUCCGAGGAUGUAGACAGUGGGCCAACUAAUGAGCAAUUAAUUAUCCAGUUUAAGGAAAUGCUUAAGGAGCGAGGAGUGGCACCAUUCUCUAAAUGGGACAAGGAAUUGCCGAAGAUAGUUUUUGAUCCCCGUUUUAAGGCUAUUCCCAGUUAUUCAGCUAGGCGGUCCUUGUUUGAACACUAUGUUAAGACCCGUGCUGAGGAAGAACGCAAGGAAAAGAGAGCUGCUCAAAAGGCUGCAAUAGAGGGAUUUAAACAGUUACUAGAUAGCGCCUCUGAGGAUAUCGAUCACACAACCAGUUAUCAAACAUUCAAAAAGAAAUGGGGAAAUGACUCACGGUUUGAAGCUUUGGAUCGUAAGGAUCGGGAGAAUUUAUUGAACGAAAGGGUCCUUUGUCUGAAGAAGGCUGCCGUUGAAAAGGCACAAGCUUUAUGGGCCGCUUCCACCACUAGUUUCAAGUCCAUGCUGCAGGAGAGAGAAGAUAUCAACGUCAAUUCCCGUUGGUUCAGGGUAAAAGACAGUCUACGGGAAGAUCCAAGAUACAGAUCUGUUAAGCAUGAGGAGCGUGAGAUGUUAUUCAAUGAGUAUAUAUCUGAACUUAAGGCUGCUGAGGAGGAAAAGCAGCGUGAAUCAAAAGCUAGAAAGGAGGAGCAGGAGAAACUGAAGGAAAGGGAGAGAGAAUGGCGGAAAAGGAAGGAAAGAGAAGAGCAAGAAAUGGAAAGGGUACGCCUAAAAGUACGGAAAAAGGAGGCAGUUGCAUCUUUUCAAGCAUUGCUUGUUGAAUCGAUCAAAGAUCCUCAGGCCUCUUGGACCGAGUCAAAAGUUAAACUGGAGAAGGAUCCACAAGGUCGUGCAUCCAAUCCUGAUUUAGAUUCAUCCGAGACAGAAAAAUUAUUCAGAGAACAUGUAAAGAUGCUGCAAGAGCGGUGUGCUAACGAGUUCCGAAAUCUAUUAUCUGAAGCCUUUACAGCUGAAGUAGUUGCUCAGGUAUCGGAAGAUGGAAAGACGGUCCUUAGUUCAUGGACGAUGGCUAAACGAAUUUUGAAGCCUGAUCCCAGAUAUGGUAAAGUCCCAAGGAAGGAAAGGGAGGCACUUUGGCGUCGAUAUGCCGAUGAUACAAUGCGGAAGCAGAAGUUGGCAAAUGAUCACAAGGGAGAAAAAUAUAACGACUAUAAGAAUAGAGCAACCACCGACGCUGGAAAAUUCCCUUCUAAACCAAGAAUCCAUGACUGAAGAAAGUUUGAAGCGUUUUUUUUUCAUCUCAUUUGAAUUCUUUAGUCUACGGGCAGACGUUUCCUCUUCCCAUCACGAUUAUUCAUUCUUUCAUGGAGGUGGGUGGGGGGGGGGGGGGGGGGGGGGAUCACGUUCAGUUCUGAUAUAGUUAGAUUUUUCAGGUGCACCUUUUUGGUGAUUUGUUAGUUUACUCAAUAAUAUAUUUAUGUUGCCGAAGGAACUGAUUUAGCAAUUAAAAUAGUUUUAGGGUACAA